AUGGGGGAAAUACUCUUCGAUGUCCCGUUACGUCAUACUAACCGGUCAUUAUACGCUGUCUACCUGUAUAGCGUUGAUGAGGACCUGAUUGUCGCAGGAUCAACAUCGCCGUCCCAAGAGAACGUGCUUCUCCUCUCACUAUCGACCUUUACUAUCUCAUUAUGCGAUGCUAUUGGCGCCCUUGCGGUCAAGGUUCGCCCGGGAGAACGAAGUGAGACUGUCGAAUGGAAUGAGAUUGACCCGGUCGUAGAGAUCAACGUGACCGGCGCCUGGCACCCACAGAGAUUCCUUUGGCUCACCGGCACGUGCAUAUGCAUCCUCGCUAGACUCGCGCAAAUGGGUUUGAUCUCCGGAGAUAAAGAGCAAUGGACGAGGCGAGAUAGUCUCAAUGUCUUUGAACGGAUAGACGUUCAGGAAUUUGACAUUGCUGGAUACAGUUGGUCGAAAGCAAUUUGUACAGCAUCGCCACCAGAUCGGGGACUCUCUUCGUACAGCGCCUGCGACGUGUGCGGCACCGUUCCUCCACUCGCCAUGUGGUCGCAAUGGCUUCGGCAACCCCCACAACGAUGA